AUGUUGGACCCGGGUCCGUCCACUCUGCUGGCUGCUCUCUGCGACAGCGAUGGGGAGAGUUUGUUUCCUGUUUGGGAGAAUGGACACAUCGGUUUUUGUUUUAACGCUCUGAUCUUAGCUGCUCUGCCUCACGCUGCUUUAGCCGUGGGCAGCGCUGCUUACCUCAGUGUGCACAGGAUCAGCAGUCUCCAGUCGUCUCCUCCAUGCGGCUGGACAUUAAGACUGGUCUCCUCUCUGCUCCUCUCUCUCCUCUUCACCUCAGACCUCGUCAUCGUGUCCGUACUACAGCAAAGGGACAUGUCUCUCUCCAUCCUUACCACCAGCUUCGAUGGAUCACCGCUUGUUCCUGAUCAAGAAUUGGACACAGGUGAGAUGGUCGCAGAAGACGGGAGCAGUUUCUUUUCACAACUUUUCUACCUGUGGCUUACUCCUUUGCUGCUCCGUGGCCAAAAGGGAGAUUUGAACCAACCUGGCAACGUCUACCACUUGCCCUGGGCUCUGCGGACUAGUGUCAUCUGCCGCCGUUUCCAAAAGAGCUGGGACCGCUGCCGUGGCCAGACCGCUCCGAACCAGGAAAACCACUGGCCAAGUCCAGUCCGAAGCUCCAUUUGCUCCCAGGACAACGUGGAGUUAGAAGGAGAUGUUUCGCUCGUUAAAGUUUUGCACAGAGCGUUCGGGUUGAAGUAUUAUCUGCUGGGUUUGUUGAAGGCGACAGAGGUUGUUCUGUCGUUUUGUGGGCCUCUUCUUCUGAACAGUUUGGUGAAUUUUAUGGAGGAAAAGGACGCUCCGGUCAGCACAGGGGCCUGGAUCGCCUUUGGACUUUUCGCCUCUUCGCUGCUGACGUCUGUCCUCAGGAAUCAGUAUGUGUUUCAGAUUUCCAAAGUGUCCCUUUCGGCCCGAGCCGCUUUGAUCUCGUCGGUCUACAGCAAAGCCCUGCGCGUCUGCGGCAGUCGCAUCAGCGGCUUCUCUCUGGGGGAAGUGGUGAACCUCAUGAGCACUGACACCGAUCGAGUCGUCAACUUCUUCAACAGCUUCCACGAGCUCUGGAGCCUGCCUUUCCGCUUCUCUGUGGCCCUCUACCUCCUCUAUCUGCAGGUGGGUGUGGCGUUCCUGGGCGGCCUCAUGGUGGCGCUGCUCCUUGUCCCCUUCAAUAAGCUCCUUGCUUCUCAAAUUAUAAAGAAUAAUAAAGAAAUGCUCAAACACAAGGACAGCAGAGUCAAGCUGAUGACCGAGAUCUUGUUUGGGAUCCGGGUGAUAAAGUUUUACCACUGGGAGCCUCACUUCACGACCCGAGUGUCGGAGACUCGAGCGAAGGAGCUGUCUCACCUGAAGACCCUGAAGUACCUGGAUGCUCUGUGUGUGUACCUGUGGGCCGCGCUGCCGGUGCUCAUCUCCAUCCUCACCUUCGUCACCUACACCCUGAUGGGACACGCCCUCACCGCGGCUAAGGUGUUCACGGCGCUGGCUCUGGUGGGGCAGCUGAUCGUACCUCUGAACGCCUUUGCGUGGGUCGUGAACGGAGUCCUGGAGGCGAAAGUGUCUUUGGACCGAAUCCAAAAGUUCUUCAGACUCAAGAACCAGGACCUGCAGGCUCACUACGCUCUGGUUUGCCCUGAAGACGACCAGACCUGUAUUCUGUUGAACCAGGGAACUUUUUCAUGGCAGAGUCUAGAUCAGAACCAGGACCAAGGAUCUGAAAGAGCAGAGAGACCAGAGAGAGAGGCCAAAGGCAGCCUCCUCCUGCAGGGUCUAAACCUGCACGUAACAAAGGGCUCUUUGGUCGUCGUUGUGGGAAAAGUGGGAUGUGGAAAGAGCUCUUUGUUGGCGGCUCUCACUGGGGAACUGCUCAGGUUGAGUGGGGUGGUGUUUGUGGCCGGCCGGGAGCAGGGUUUCGGUCUGGCCUCUCAGGAGACCUGGAUCCAGCACGCUUCAGUCCGGGACAAUAUUCUGUUCGGGAAAAACUACGAUCCAGACUUUUAUCAGCGAGUCGUCGAGGCCUGUGCUCUCAGCGACGACCUGAAUGUUUUGCCGAACGGUGACAGGACGGAGGUCGGUGAGAACGGAGUGACUCUGAGCGGAGGACAGAAAGCCAGACUCGCUUUGGCUCGAGCGGUUUACAUGAACAAACAGAUCUACCUCCUGGACGACCCUCUGGCGGCUGUGGACGCUGAUGUGGCCGAGCACCUGAUGAAGAGGUGCAUCAUGGACCUUCUGAAGGACAAGACCAGGAUCCUCUGCACCCACCGCAUCGAGUGUGUGGACAAAGCUGAUCUGGUCGUCCUGAUGGAAGAUGGGAAAAUUAUCAAAACAGGGUCUCCAGCUGAAAUAAUUCCUUUGGUAGAGGUUGCACCCAACACUCGGAAGAAUAAGGACAGGACUGAGAGUGAUGAUGUAGAACCAGAAGAGGAGGGGUCAAUGUCGCCGCUGUCUGACCCCAGGGACAGUGAGUUGUCUGGGGCAGAGCAGAAGGCGGUGGGGGGGCUGGCCUGGAGCGUGUGCCGGUCGUACUGGAGGUCUGUGGGAGCGGCUCUGGCUUCGUCUGUGCUGCUGUCUCUGCUGCUAAUGCAAGCCUCCAAGAACGUGUCCGACUGGUGGCUGUCCUACUGGAUCUCACAGCUCAGAAACAAUGGUUCUCACACUUUGAAUGGUUCCUACUCCAGCGUCGACAUCUCUCCUCAUCUGCUGCUCUUCUCCCAUUACCAACUUGUGUCUCCUCUGCCGUCGGUUCAGCUCCAGAACGCCCUGAGUUCCGAUGUGAAGUUUUACCUGUCUGUUUACGGAGGCAUCGCUGUGGCUAAUACCGUGUUCACUGCACUGAGAGCGUUCCUGUUCGCCUACGGAGCCAUCUGCGCCGCCACCGCCGUCCACAACAGACUGCUGGACCGAGUGCUGAAGGCCACAGUGAGUUUCUUCGACACGACUCCUCUGGGACGCAUCUUGAACCGCUUUUCCUCCGACGUCUACAGCAUCGACGACAGCCUGCCCUUCAUCCUCAACAUCUUUCUGGCCAACGUGUUCGGUCUACUGGGGCUGGUGGUGGUGGUGAGCUACGGUCUGCCCUGGAUCCUGCUGGCGCUGGUCCCUCUGGCUUUGCUGUACCACAGACUGCAGUCCUUCUACAGACACACGUCCAUGGAACUGAAGCGCCUCUGCAGCCUCACCCUCUCCCCCCUCUACUCCCACUUCUCUGAGACCAUCACCGGACUGGCCACCAUCCGGGCCAGCCGCAGCUCAGCCAGGUUUCAGGAGGAGGGCGUGCGGCGUCUGGAGCAGAACCAGCGCUGUCUGUUCGUGUCCAGCGCCGCGACGCAGUGGCUCUACAUCCGGCUGCAGUUUAUUGGGGUUGCUGUGGUAACCCUGCUCGCCGUCAUAGCCGUAGUUCAGCAUUGGUUCAAGUCGGUCGACCCCGGUCUGGUGGGGCUGUCUCUGUCCUAUGCCCUCUCUGUCACUGUGUUCUUGUCGGAGCUCAUCUCCAGCUUCACUCAGACAGAGAUGCAGAUGGUGAGUGUGGAGCGGGCCGAGGAGUACUGCACCGAGCUGCCCACGGAGCCCCAGGACCUCACCUCCGACCUGCCCCCCUGCUGGCCGGAGCAGGGCUGGCUGGAGUUCCGGAACGUGGUGCUGUGUUACCGAGAGGGGCUUCCCAACGCUCUGCAGGGGGUGAGUCUGGUGGUGCGUCCCGGGGAGAAGGUGGGUGUCGUGGGCAGGACGGGCUCCGGGAAGUCCUCCCUGUUCCUGGCUCUGUUCCGGAUGGUGGAGCUGGCGCAGGGACAGAUCCUGCUGGACGGAGUCGACAUCCGCACGGUCGGCAUUCACCAACUCAGGUCUCGGCUGGCCAUCAUCCCUCAGGACCCGUUCCUCUUCAGUGGCUCUGUGCGUCAGAACCUGGACCCGUGUGAGCGGAUCUCGGACCAGAACCUGCAGGACGUUCUGCUGCAGUGUCACCUCAGCGCCGCAGUGCACCGCAUGGGAGGACUGGAUGCAGAUGUGGGGGAGAGAGGGAAGAACUUCUCAGUGGGACAGAGACAGCUGCUGUGUUUGGCCAGAGCUCUACUCACCCAGGCUAAGUUGUUGUGCAUAGAUGAAGCUACUGCAAGCGUGGACCAGAAAACAGACAAAUUUCUACAACAGACGAUUAGAGAAACCUUCAGAGACAAAACUGUGCUCACCAUCGCUCACAGGACCAACACGAUCCUGGACUGUGACCGUGUGCUGGUGAUGGGCGGCGGGAAGGUUCUGGAGUUCGAUUCCCCUCAAACUCUUCAUCAAAACCACAACUCUGCGUUUCACAGACUGGUGACAGGAGAGAGCUGA